AUGACUGAAAAAGAUGACCAAGGUGAACCCUCUGUUACAUUAGUUAGUAAAUUGGAUGCGAGUGUUCCGUUAUAUCUCCAUGCCAGUGAUUCUAGUAGUCUCACUAUUGUCAGUGUCACACUAAAAGGAACUGGAAACUAUGUGGUUUGGUCGAAUGCUAUGAAACUUGCUUUAACGGCUAAGAAUAAAUUAGGGUUUAUUGAUGGUACUUGUACCAGAUCAACUAAAGAUGAUGUUCUAGCCGGUCAAUGGGAUAGAUGCAAUUCAGUUGUUUUAACUUGGAUCCUUAAUUCUGUUUCUGAAGAACUAUAUGUUGGCCAAGUUUAUUCUAGGCUUUCUUGGAGUGAUUUAAAAGACACCUAUGAUAGGGUUGAAGGGUCGGUUGUGUUUGGGUUAUAUCAAAAGAUUAAUUCGGUGAGUCAAAAUCGAACUAGUGUUUCUGAAUAUUAUCAUAGACUCAAUACUAUGUGGAAACAAUUUGAUGCCAUGGUUCAGUUACCUUCUUGUACAUGUGUUGCUUCUACUAGAUACAUUGAAUUCAGUCAACUGAUCAAACUUAUGCAGUUCCUGAUGGGAUUAGAUGAUGUAUAUGAUAUAAAUCCCGAUGAUGAAGAGAAGGAGACUACUGAUUCUCAGCAAUCAUUUAAUUUAGAUGACAUGGCUAAUGUUCAGCAUCAUAGUGAGUCUCAAUGUAGCUCAAAUGAGCAAGUUGAUGUUGCUGAUACUCAGCAAUCAUUUAAUUUAGAUGACAUGGCUAAUGUUUAG